AUGCCCGGCAACUGCUGCACCAUUAUCGCUUGGUCUUGUGCUGUGCUCCGGUUCUUCCGGCCGGAGCUCUUUGCGGUCCUGACCAGGGUGGGUGCACAGAAGCUUCAGGACUGUGAGUGCUACGAAAUCACGAAUCUCUUGUGGAGCAUUGCCGAGCUCUCCAAACGGCAGCCGCGGAUGGCCGAAGAGAUGCAGGGAACCAUACAGGAGCUCAUAGAGGCCGCUGCAAGCUCUUUCCUACAUCGUGGGCCCAAGGCCUGGAAGCUUCAGGUGCUUGUCUCGGCCUUGGUGUCUCUGACCUGCAUUCCAUGCAAGGACUUCUGCUCCAAGUGGUUCAUCCUCUGCAUCGUGCAGGAACUGGCCGAGCGUGGCCAGAACACAGAGUCCACGAACCUUCUGCCACUUGUGAUGGCCUUUGACACCUUGCGGACCAAGAACUUCAAGGUGUUCCAGGAGAUUUGCACAGCCAUGCGCGACCGGCGCCCCGACUUCGUGGCCCGCUACAUGUAUGGAGGUGAGCGCCGCAAGGGGAAGCAGAAAAAAGUGCAAGGCUCAGUAGAGCACAUUGCAGUUCAGUAG